AGAGUGGGGGAUGAGAGAACAAAGAACAAAAUAAAUAAACAAGCCCCUCCUUUAUCUUUCCGUCUGCUUCUGAUCUCUUUCUCUUUCUCUCUUUCUCUGCAACUACACUCCCUUAUUGAUGUGAUUCUCCACCAACAUCUCCAAAAGAAACCCCAUCAACCUUUAGAAAAAGAGAAAGCUCUAAUUAAGAGCCAUGGUUUUCUCAUCCAUACCAGUCUAUCUGGAUCCACCUAACUGGCAUCAGCAACCAAAUCAUAUUCAUCAACCUGCUGGAGGUGGAAGUGAGAAUACUCAACUCCCACCUCCGCCGCCACUUCCAACUAUUGGAAGUGGCGGCGGAGGUGGUGGUGGUGGUGGUGGCUCAAGCUCAAUUAGGCCGGGUUCCAUGACUGAUAGAGCUCGGCUAGCCAAGAUUCCGCAGCCUGAGGCAGCCCUCAAAUGCCCUCGAUGCGAAUCAACAAAUACUAAGUUUUGCUACUUCAACAACUAUAGCCUCACCCAGCCUCGUCACUUUUGCAAAACCUGUCGGCGCUAUUGGACUAGAGGAGGUGCACUAAGGAACGUGCCAGUUGGGGGCGGUUGUAGAAGAAACAAAAGAAGCAAAAGCAAUAGAUCAAAAUCUCCUAUUACAACAGGUCACCAAGCAGGGUCUAGCUCCACUAGUACAGUUUCUUCCAAUUGCAAUAAUGAUAUGUUAAACCACAUGCCCCCUCCUCCACCACCACAGUUGCCCUUUUUGCCCUCUUUGCAUCAUCUUAGUGAUUAUGGUUCUGGGGACAUUGGCUUAAAUUUUGGGGGAUUUCAGCAUCCAGUAGCAGCAACAGGUGGUGGUAGUGGUGGCGGAGAUGUUGAAUUUCAAAUUGGUAAUAGUUCAAGUGGUGGUGGUGGUUUAUCAACUGGCUUCUCUGAGCAGUGGAGAAUGCAACAAGUGCAGCAAUUUCCUUUCUUGACCAAUUUGGAACCACCAAUUGGGUUAUUCCAAUUUGAUGGUGAAAAUGUUCAGCCGCCAAGCUAUGUAGGAAUAGCUGGGCAGCUCCGGUCUAAGCCAAUGGAUUCUGGGGUUUCUCAGAUAGCUUCAGUGAAAAUGGAAGAAAGUCAUGGAUUGAACUUGUCAAGAAACCCUUUGGGUACUUCUGGAAAUGAUCAAUACUGGGGAGGUAGCAAUGCAUGGACUGAUCUGUCUGGUUUCACUUCUUCUUCCACCAGCCAUAUGUUGUGAUUUUAAUCUUGUUUUUCAUCUCCAAAACCCCACCAAAUCUUUGCCUUUUAUUUUUCCCGGUUAAAUUACUACAGGUUCCACUAAAGAGUAUUGAUCGUCGUCUUAGAGUUUCAUUCAACAACCCUAACUUGGCAAGUUUCCAAUACAAAGAAUCUAAGAAGGUGAAAUGGGAAGGCUUGAUCUAUUCCAUGUUAUCUGCUCAAACAACUUAGAAAUGGUAGGCUUCUUGUCUGAAAUUUUCUUGCUGUUGUGUACUUUUUUUCUCGUCUUUUAUGCUUAUGUUUAUAGAAGUAGGAGUGUGUUCAUUGAGUCUGGUAUCUGACAUGAAAGGCUAGAAUGCCAUAACUUGAUCAAAUGCACGGUGUACUAAGUGGUUUUCCUUGAGACGAUAUGUGAAAAUGUGUCCGUUUGGCUUUUCUACA